GAAGUUGAAUUAUAACUAUGGAAAUGAAGGUUGGGGCUUUCAUAAUUUAUUUAUAUACAAUAGCGCCCCCUUCAAAUAUAUAUAAAUAAAAAUACAAUAAAAGUUACGUUAAAAAGUACAUUAUAAAUAAGCACACGUUUAUUAUAAGUAUUUGAUUAAAUAUAAUUUAACAAAGCAUCACGAACAUAUGAAGUGUUUGUGCAUUUUAUAUUUUAACUUUCAAAAUUAAACAACUAUUAGUAACUCGGCGUGCAAACACUUUGGUAAAUUCCCACUGCUCGUCCUUACUAUGCAUUACGGUAGCAAUACCCGGAAGAACUGCGCAAUUGACGUUUCCCCCCCUAUUCACUCCCCCUGCGCUCCCCACUCUCGCCUCUUUACCGCCUUCUCCUGGCGCACACGAGUUUAGCGAUUUUUUUUUUUUUUCGCCGUUCGAGUAACUUAUUGCCCAUUGCUAGUUAGUGACAAUAUAUUGGUGCCUGGAAGAAGAAAACAAUAGCGGUCAGGAACUGAAGAGUUAGGAUUUACACACCGCCAGUGUAGUGUGGCGUUUUGUGUUGCGCUGUUGAUGUGUGAACGGUGACUUAGCUUCAGCUACAAUGAGCGAAUUCUUCAGCCUGUCAGACUGCGAUGUUAUUGGCUUCGACCUGGACCACACGCUCUGCCGCUACCAUCUGAAAGAGACCUCCAGGCUCAUCUAUGAGAGCUUUGCACGAUACCUGGUGGAACACAAGGGUUUUGACCCAGAACUGCUAAGUCUGACUCCAGCCACAUGGGAUUUCUGUUUCAAAGGACUAGUAGUGGAUCUAGAGGAAGGAAACCUUGUGAAAUUGGCUGAGGAUGGAACAGUUUUACGAGCUACACACGGUACCACUAAUCUCAGCACAAAAGACAUCAGCAAAUAUUAUGGGCCUACAAGGGAAUGGAAGCAUUUCAACAGUCUUAAUACCUCAUUCACCAGAUCUGCAAAGUACUACUUCUACGACAACUACUUUGAUUUACCGGGCGCUCUUCUCUGCGGAAGGGUUGUGGAUAUGUUGCACAAGCAAGGACACAAGGUCACUUCCGACUUUUGGAAAGACAUCGUCGCUGCCAUCGACCACAAUUACAACACAUCUGCAUUCAAAGAGGAUGCAGGGACAUAUUUCCCCAGUGUGAAGAGGGAACCCGGUCGGUAUCUGCAGCCCUGCUCUGACGCGGUCAAGAACUGGCUGCAGAGCAUGAAGAAUGCCGGGAAGGUCCUCCUGCUCAUCACCAGCUCUCACAGCGACUAUUGCAGGCUCAUCUGUGAACACAUCCUGGGGAAGGAUUUCGAGGAGCUGUUCGAUGUCAUCAUCACAAAUGCUCUAAAGCCUGGUUUUUUCUCAUUAGUGCCGAUGCAAAGGCCCUUCCGGACCCUGGUAAAUGAUGUGGAGGAGAGAGAAGGGCUGCCGUCACUGGAUAAACCUGGCUGGUACUCCCAGGGCAACUGGGUCCACCUCCAAGAGCUGCUGAAAACCAUGACAGGGAAAUCUGAGCCAAAGGUUGCGUACUUUGGAGACAGCAUGCGCUCAGAUAUGUUCCCCGCGAGCAGCUUCGGGAAGUGGGAAACGGUUAUGAUAGUGGAGGAAAUGGAGGGGGAGGGGAUCCCAAAGAGCGACGCAGCAAUCUCCAAUGAGGCCCAAGUGGAACCGCUGGAGAAAAAGGGAAAGUUUGAGGAGCAGGGCAUGAAGUCGCCCUCGGCUGUGUCCAAUCAAUGGGGCUCGUACUUCGUCGACGUUCACAGGAAUGAAGAAGGGGACGAGGAGACCCAGAAACUCACCUGGUGCAGCCAGUGCAUUCACAAAUACAGCACUGUAGCCAUCCCCAGUGUUGAGCACAUAGCAGAUCUCCCUCUGGAUUUCAAGUUCCCCAGGUUUUCUCCUGACAAGCCGUGCACGACCGGUUACUACCCCAGACCCCCGGAUUCUUUGGUCAAGUGGUGUGAGAGUCAGUCAUAAAAAAAGAAGAAGAAAAGGAAAUAAAGAGAAGGCAAAGGGAAAAGUUUUGAGUGAAAAAAAUAGUCCUCCAUAACUCUGCCUUAAGGAGAGCAAUGUUCCUUCUUAUUCGUCUGUAUUUUCCCAUCUGACCCUCACCGCCAUCUGUGGAGCACAGGAAACAUGACGUCCUCACCUGAUCAGAGAAACCAUAUGAAUGUAAGCCAAAGUGUAUCUCUGUAAUAACACUUGAACGUUGUUUUGUAGUUUCGUGUAGUGUAAACAUGCGUUUGUGUGAGUGUCCGUGCGUGUAUACUGUAGUUCAAACAAGAGAAGUAGAGAUUUAUUGUGCCAUGUGUCGAGACCCCGGUUUUUUCCCGCAGUUGAUUUUCUGGAUUCUUUCUAAACGUUUCUAUAUGGAGGACCGUAUUUUCCGGACUAUCGAUCAAUCCGGAGCAUAAGUCGCACCAGCCAAAAAAUGCACAAUGAAGAAGAAGAAAAAAAAACAUAUAUAAGUUGCUCCGGAGUAUAAGUCGCACCAGCCAAAAAAUGCAUAAU